UAAACGGCAGCCCGGGGCGAGCCGCUGCGGCGGGGGGUAACGGUCCCUGUGCCCCCCGCAGGUGAUGCGAGGAUGACCAUGGCUCAGGCUGGAGCCCUAGUCGCAGCUGCCACCGGACUCCUCGUCUUCUUCCUAUACGCCUCCAUCCACAAAGUUGAGGAGGGGCACCUGGCUGUGUAUUACAGGGGUGGUGCAUUGCUAACCAGUCCUAGUGGCCCAGGCUACCACAUCAUGCUCCCCUUCAUCACCACCUUCAAAUCUGUGCAGACCACGUUGCAGACUGAUGAAGUGAAGAACGUGCCCUGUGGGACCAGCGGCGGCGUCAUGAUCUACAUCGACCGCAUCGAGGUGGUGAACAAGCUGGCUCCCUAUGCAGUGUACGACAUCGUGCGGAACUACACCGCCGACUACGACAAGACCUUGAUCUUCAACAAGAUUCACCAUGAGCUGAACCAGUUCUGCAGUGCCCACACCCUGCAGGAAGUCUACAUUGAGCUCUUUGAUCAGAUAGAUGAGAAUUUGAAGUUGGCCCUGCAGAAGGAUCUCAAUGUCAUGGCACCAGGCCUCACCAUCCAGGCUGUGCGUGUCACAAAGCCCAAAAUCCCCGAAGCCAUCCGGAGGAACUUUGAGUUGAUGGAAGCUGAGAAGACCAAGCUGCUGAUUGCAGCCCAGAAGCAGAAGGUGGUAGAGAAGGAGGCAGAGACAGACAGGAAGAAAGCCCUCAUUGAGGCAGAGAAGGCUGCUCAGGUGGCCAGGAUUCACUACCAGCAGAAGAUCAUGGAGAAGGAGACGGAGAAGCGCAUCUCGGAGAUCGAAGAUGCUGCCUUCCUGGCAAGAGAGAAAGCAAAAGCUGAUGCUCAGUACUACACUGCUCAGAAGCUGGCUGAUUCCAACAAGCUGAAGCUCACCCCUGAGUACCUGGAGCUGAUGAAGUACCAAGCGAUAGCUGCCAACAGCAAGCUCUACUUCGGCGACCGCAUCCCCAGCGUCUUCGUGGACUCCUGUGCCUUCCAGCAAGCCAACCUGAGGCCUGCCCCAGAAACCAGCUUGCCCUCCCAGGAGGCCCUGAAGACCUCUGGAGAAAGCCACCUCAGAGCAGAGGAAAGCACUGGCUGAGAGAGGCGGGAAGGCUGGCUGUGG